UUAAAAGUGUUUUCGAGUACUUUGAAGUGCGUGUAGAUAAGUGGUUGUGUGAUUUUCGAAUAGUUAAUUAGAAAGACGUGAAAGGCUAGUAAAAUUCUCCAAAAUCGCUGUUAAAAUGAGCUCUUGGAAGAAUAAUCAAGAGAUCGAAAUAUUUCGGGAAUAUUUACGCAUACCAAGUGUGCAUCCGGACGUUGACUAUGCGCCUUGCGUGGAGUUUCUGAAGAAGCAGGCAAUCGAUUUGGGAUUGCCUAUUGAGGUUUAUCAUGCCAGCGGCCCAACCAAACCGGUUGUUGUCAUAACAUGGGUGGGGCAACGCCCAGAAUUGCCAACAAUUGUUUUGAAUUCCCACAUGGAUGUGGUGCCCGUAUACCCCGAAAAGUGGACGCAUCCACCCUUCUCUGCUGACAUCGACGACGAAGGUCGGAUCUUUGCGCGGGGUUCACAGGACAUGAAAUGCGUGGGCAUGCAGUACUUGGCAGCGAUACGUGCCCUCCGCAAGAACGGUGUCACCUUGAAACGUACUAUUCAUGUGAUUUUCGUGCCAGAUGAGGAAAUCGGUGGCACAAAAGGAAUGCGAGUUUUUGUGAAGUCUAAUGAGUUUAAAAAAUUAAAUGUGGGGUUUUCCCUUGAUGAAGGUGUUGCAUCUGUAAAUGAAACCUUCCUGGUUUAUUAUGCGGAACGAAGCAUUUGGCAUGUCCACUUUAUUAUUAGUGGCACUGCUGGACAUGGUUCAUUGCUGCACAAAAAUACAGCAGGUCAAAAGUUUCACUAUAUACUGAAUAAGUUAAUGGAAUUUAGAAAACAAGAAGAGGAUCGUUUGGAAAAUGAUAGUUCUUUGACGAUUGGUGAUGUGACAACAAUCAACUUAACCAUUGUUAAAGGCGGUGUGCAAAGUAAUGUGGUGCCACCUACAUUGGAAGCAGUUUUCGACAUGCGAUUGGCGUUAAAUGUAGAUCACGACGAUUUCGAGAAACAGUUAAAGCAGUGGUGUACGGAAGCUGGUGGUGGCAUUGAAAUUGUAUUUGAGCAGCAGCAGCCCAAGGUGGAAGCCACAAAAAUUGAUGAUUCCAAUCCUUUUUGGUUGGCUUUCAAGCAAGCAACCACGGAACUUGGCCUCAAAAUCCAAACACUCGUAUUUCCUGGUGGCACCGAUAGCCGUUAUAUACGCCACAUUGGCAUUCCUGCCAUUGGCUUUUCGCCCAUGAAUCAUACGCCAGUGUUGCUGCACGAUCACGAUGAAUUUUUGCAAGCCGAUGUCUACUUGAAAGGAAUUGAAUACUAUAAGAAAAUUAUACCAGCCGUUACAAAUGUUUAGCAGAUUUUUAUUCUGUAUAAAAUUAUGUUAUUUAAGGAUUUUAUGUACUUUUAUGUGAUGAAUGAUUGUAAAUGAAAUAAAAAAGGGAUAAUGAUUGCUUACUAUUACGGUGCCUGGGAAACGUCA